AUGUCGGAAAUUAACGGGUAUGUUGUGGUUAUGCAUUAUUGGUGGAGUAAAGUGGAGGAAAAAGAGAGAUUACAGUUUUACUGGUUGGAAUUUUCAACAGCUAUACAGGCCAAGCUUGGCAUGAUGGAUUCAAUACGGCGUAUCAGACCGUUUGAAAUAACGGCUGAAAGGACACACUUACCAACAGAAUGGCAAAAGUGGAAGCGUGAACUCGAGCGCUAUUUUGACGCUAGCAAGGUCACGUCCCAAUGGGAGAAACGUUCAAUUCUACUACAUCUGGCCGGACCUGAUGUUCAGGAAAUAUUUGAUCAUUUGCCAGGAACCGAUGAGAUUCCGCAUGUCGUAGCAGACCCACCGUACUACGAUGUCGCUGUUAAGAAACUCGAUGAGCAUUUUGAGCCCAUGAGACGGCGGAACUAUGAGCGCCAGCUAUUCCGGCAAAUCGCUCAAAAACCAGAUGAGCGUUUCGCAGAUUUUGUCCUACGCCUUCGUAUUCAAGCGAAGCGUUGUGAAUUUGAUAGAUACGAUGUAAGGGAAGUUGAAGACCGCAUUAUUGAGCAGAUUGUGGAGUCAUGUAUUUCAUCUGAAUUGCGACGGCAAAUUCUAGCCAAAGACAUGUCUCUAGACGAGAUUGUAUCUUUGGGAACAACCAUUGCUGAUGUACAACUACAAGUUAGAGAACUCGAUCGACAAAGAGUAGACUAUGGGACUACGGCGUCUGUUAACAAGGUGUUCAAGCCACCUAUUCGUUCAAACUCUUUUCGGGCAUCGGGUGCUCAAUUUUUCAAUCGAACAGACAGAGUUUGCUUUGCGUGUGGUCGUAGGGGGCACUUGAAAGGAGAUACGGCCUGUCGAGCCAGGAAUGCAAAAUGUGUUAAAUGUGGCGAACUAGGACACUUUGCUGUUCGAUGCUUGAAACGUAAAUCAGGAGUCACUACUAAUCAGCAAUCGAAGAAGAUACGCCUCGUAUCUGAUGAGGCGGAAUAUGGCUCUAAGGAGGAGAACAUCUUUUAUGCAAUGGGCAGGAACACAUUUCAGUUCAAAGUGGGUGGAAUAAAAAUUCCCAUGAUAAUCGACUCGGGAGCCGAUGUCAACAUUCUGGACGAAGCGACAUGGAGUGCGGCCAAAGAAGCAGGAAUGAAAAUGCAAAACCUUUCGUGGGAAUCCGAUCGAUCAUUGAGAGCGUAUGCUUCAAAACAACCAAUGAAAAUCAAAUGCAUGUUCUGGACAGAUGUUGAAGCUGGUACCAACAGGGUGAGGGCGAAAUUCUACGUAGCAGAGAAAGGUCAACGAAAUCUUUUGGGUGAUGUGAGUGCAAAGGAACUUGGAGUUUUGAAAGUCGGUUUUGACAUUGCAGCUAUAGAGUCGUCGUCGGAAUCAGCGUUUCCGAAGAUAAAAGGGGUAUUGAUUGAGAUACCAAUUGAUCAAUCAGUUCAGCCAGUACAGCAGGCAUAUAGACGUGCACCAUUGGCUCUCGAAGGGAAAAUUCAUGAUAAACUUCAAUACUUGAUGCAAAACGACAUCAUUGAGAAAGUAAACGGACCUUCACCGUGGGUAUCACCAGUUGUUCCCGUUCUUAAACAAAAUGGAGAUGUCAGACUGUGCGUCGAUAUGAGAAGAGCGAACCAAGCCGUGUUGCGGGAGACACACCCACUCCCAGUGAUUGAGGAGAUGCUGGCAUCAGUUAAUGGGGCCGUGAAGUUCUCAAAGCUUGAUGUUAAGGACGCAUAUCAUCAGGUGGAGCUAUCGGGAAACUCUAGAGUUAUAACGACAUUCUUAACCAAAUAUGGGUUGUUUAGAUACAAGCGACUAAUGUUUGGGGUGAGUUGUGCCCCGGAAUUGUUCCAGAAGGUUAUGGAGACUAUUAUUGCGGGGCUAGAAGGAGUAAUAGUCUACCUUGACGAUGUUGUAGUUUCGGGGCGUACACAGACUGAGCAUGAUAAUCGGUUGAAGGCACUGUUGGAUAGAUUGGAAAGCUAUAACGUACUGUUGAACAGGGAUAAAUGUCAGUUUAACGUUUCAAGUUUGGAUUUUUUGGGACACAAUCUGUCGGUAAACGGAGUCAGGCCAGUUGAGAGUCGAGUUUCAGCUGUGGCGAAAUUUAGAGAACCGGCAAACGCGGCAGAGUUACGUAGCUUUCUAGGGUUAGUUACGUAUGUUGGACGAUUUAUACCACAUCUGGCGGCAAAAACAGAUCCGCUAAGACAGUUGCUACGUAAAGGAGUGACAUUCCAGUGGACGGUUAAACAACAAGCUGCAUUUGACAGUAUCAAGGAAGAGGUGUUCCAAAUCAAGAAUCUAGGUUUCUUCGAUCCCAAAGAUGUCACUAUUCUCGUAGCCGACGCAAGUCCUUCAGGGUUGGGCGCAGUGUUGAUGCAAGAAGAUUCGCUUAAAGUUCGUAGGGUUAUUGCUUAUGCGAGCAAGUCUCUCACUGACCUUGAACGGAAAUAUUUUCACACCGAAAAAGAAGCGUUGGCUUUGGUAUGGGCAGUUGAUCGUUUUCGUCUAUAUCUCCAUGGAACCAGAUUCAAGCUAGUUACAGACUGUAAGCCCCUUACAUUUUUGUUCAGUCCUCGCUCUAAACCGUGCGCUAGAAUAGAACGAUGGGUACUCCGGUUGCAGUCCUAUAGCUUUGAAAUUGUGUAUGAACCUGGUACUACGAACAUUGCUGAUGCCGUAUCAAGAUUGUCAACAUCCGCACCAACAACAUUUGACGACGGAGAUGAAUGCUCCGUAAGGAUGUUGAUUAAAAUGGUAACUCCUGUAGCGGUAUCGUUGGACGAAAUUCGGGCGGACACUUUCAAGGAUGCGAAAAUUAUUGAUGUAUACAGAGCUCAGGAGAGAAAUGAUUGGUCAGGAGCUGCUAAGCCCUUUAAGCCGUUUGCCUUUGAACUUUGCCAAUCAGCAGGGAUACUAUUGAGAGGUGAACGAAUUGUAAUUCCGAAAGCACUGCAAAACAGGAUUCUGGAACUUUCUCAUGAGGGCCAUCCUGGCAUCGUCGUAAUGAAGAGGCGGUUGAGGCAAAAGGUCUGGUGGCCCGGUAUGGAUAAAGAGGUGGAAAAAUUUGUCAAAGGUUGCAAAGAAUGCAUCUUGGUGUCAGCACAGGAUCCUCCAGAACCUCUGAAACGUACAACCAUGCCAGAUAAGCCUUGGGCCCAUAUCGCAGCAGAUUUCAUGGGUCCAUUGCCGUCGGGCCACAACUUGUUGGUGUUGAUAGACUAUUUCAGUCGUUUCAUUGAAGUGAUAAUCAUGAGAGAAAUAACUGCAAAAUUAACCGUCCAGGCUCUGCACGAAACGUUCUGCAGGUAUGGAAUCCCAGAGACCAUGCGAACAGACAAUGGACCACAAUUUGUAAGCGAAUUGCUGAAUAAAUUCUGCACAGAACAUGGAAUAAAACUGGUUCGAACUACUCCCUAUUGGCCUCAAGCUAAUGGGGAGGUGGAGAGGGCCAAUAGGGCUCUUAAAAAACGACUACAGAUAAGUCAGGAGUCUACCGACGCAGACUGGAGAUGGGACUUGAGAACCUAUCUGUUGCUGUAUAAUUCUACCCCGCAUUCCACAACAGGAGUGGCACCGUCGGCACUUAUGUUCGGGCGAGUGCUUCGCGAUAAAUUACCAUCAAUUUCGUUAACAUCAGAACAGUACGAGGAUAUUCAGGAUAGAGAUCGGGAGAGGAAACAAACUGAAGCUGAAUAUGCAGAUAAACGACGUCACGCGCAACCCAGUUCCCUGAACCCUGGUGACUUGGUAGUCGCUAAGCGUAUGAUGAAGGAAAAUAAGUUGGCAAGCAAUUUCAGUCCAGAAGAACUCGUUGUCGUUGAGAAAUCAGGGCAGGACGUUACACUGGAAUCAUUGGAAUCUGGAAGGAUUCUGCAUAGUAGCUCAGCACACUUGAAGAAACUUCCUCAACGGCACCAGGUGACGGAUACUGAAGUCGGUGAAUCCAACAAAGCUUCAAAGGAUGUUCAGCAGCCGGAGCAACGACCAGAGACUCAGCGUCAGCGACGAGAACCUCGGAAACCAGAACAUCUAAAGGAUUAUCACCUAAGUAUAGUUCAGGACAUUCGAGAAAGUGGGGGAGUGUAG